UGUUCAAACGCGCGUUCUUGUCCGGUCAUCGCAGCAGGCGCUGCUCGCGAUCGCGCGCGCAAUCUGUUUAGUCUGUCGCGGCAACGCAGAUCGAUCGCCUGAAGUUCACGGAGCCUGCUACGAUCGUUGGCGUUAGAGAUUCAAAUACUUUUUUUUAUGACCACCUGGAAAAAGAUGAGUUAGUUCUCUGAUUAGUAUUCAGAUAAAUUUUCUCAUUUUUACGAGCGGAUUCAAACCACAAUGAUGUCGGAAACUGCCGAGGAUAGAUUCAUAGCCCUGAGCAUGGAGGCAGCAGCGAAGACAAAGUCUUCAAGUUCAAAGCAUCUUACCGUGAUCAUCAGAAAGGAAGACAGUGGAUGUCACGUGUUCUGCCGCCGCUUCUUCAUGUGCAUUCUGCUGCUCACUGUGGUCUUCCUCACCUCGAUCAUCUACGGUAUCUACUACUUUGCCAACACGCUGCCGGACGUGUGCCACAGCAAGGAAUGCCUUCGGUCGGCGGCCACCCUCAAGCAAAACAUGAACCUGCAGGUCGAUCCGUGCGAGGACUUUUACGGCUACGUGUGCGGCAACUGGGCCGACGAUCACCCGCGGCCGGAGAACCACAUCGCCAACAGCUGGUACCAGGAGCGCCAGCUGAAGAUCUUCCGCAACAUUCGGUCCCAGCUGGAGCGGAACGCCAGCCGGACGGACCCGAAGCCGGUGGCGCAAGCAAGGACCAUGUAUCAGGCCUGUUUGAACUAUGACGCACGCGAGAAGGAGGGCGCCAAGGUGAUCGCCAAGUAUCUGCAGGAGUUUGGACUGCCAACGCUGCCGACCUUGCUGAACCACACCCGGUUCGGUCCCCGCCGCUACAAGUUCGACUGGAUCGCGACCGUAGCGCGGAUUCAGCGGAAGCUCGGUCUCAACGUGCUGAUCGGGUUCGACAUUGUGAUGGACCAGGAGGACCGGAAUCGGAACCGGCUAACGCUGGAGUAUCACUACUCGCCGGAUCUGCUGAACUUUCCGGCGUACGAGUGGUCAAAGCUACACUCCAAGGGUUACAGAAGCUCGGUUGAGCCCGUCGAAGAGGAGGAAGAACCUGAGGAUGAAGACGAUAAUGACGCUGACGAUGGUCCAGACGCUGCCGAGCUCGCCGAUGGAUUCCUGAAGAUUGCUGAAGCUAUCAACCCUGGCUUCAACGGCUCGAAAUACGAGGCAAGCUUUAUGACCUUGGGCGAAACAUACAUGGACUUCUUCAACCAACUUCCUGGGCGCAAGACAGACGAUGCUGACGAACCGGAGGAAGAGCAGCUGUCCUACUACACCGUCCAAGAGUUGCAGAACAUCACCGACGCGUACAUUGCGCCGGACAAACCAUACCCGAUUUGGCAACACUACCUGGACGAACUGUUUGCUCCGUUCCCGGGAGCGAAGCCAACGCCGCAAGACAAGCUGCAGAUGUCCGACGAAAACAUCGACUUCCUGAAGAAGCUCGUCCGGGUGGUCUCCCGGCAGCCGAUACAGAUCGUUGAGCUGUACAUCUGGGGUCUGGUGACCACGUACAUCGUGAGCCACGAGUACAACGAGCUCGAGACGGAGGAGGACUGCGCCAAGAACGUCCAGACGCUCAUGGGGCUGGCGGUGAGCUACGCGAUCGCGGAUAAGAACUUCCUGGAAGGUACCAAGCCACGGGUCGAGGCAAUGCUGAACGAUAUCCGGGAUGAGUUCAACCAGAUGGUGCUGGAGACCAACUGGAUGGACGCGUACACGAAGUACGCAACGCUGGAAAAGUCCAAGUCGAUGGAGAGCUUGAUCGGCUUCCCGGAGUGGAUCCUGGACGUCAGGAAGCUGGAGGAGCACUAUGAAGGGUUGCAGAUCAAGAAGAACCGACACCUGGAGAAUUGGGUAAGCGCGAUCGAGUUUCUCAUGAAGGAUCGUCUGCAGACGUGGCGCGUCAAGAACGAAAAGUACUGGGACAUGGAUCCAACGGAGGUGAAUGCGUUCAACGUGCAGAACCGGAAUGCGAUAAAUAUCCCAGUGGCGAUCAUCCAGUAUCCGUUCUACUUCCUUGGACUAGAAGCCCUCAACUACGGCGCCCUUGGAGAGAUCCUGGGCCACGAGCUAACGCACGGAUUCGACGACUCCGGUCGCAACUACGACAAGUACGGCAACGAGAAGCGCUGGUGGUCGAACCACACCCUGCAGGAGUACGACAAACGAGCCGACUGCCUGGUCAAGCAGUACAGCAAAUACUAUCUGGCGGAAGCUAAGGGAUUUAUCAACGGCACCCGCACCCUGGGCGAGAACAUUGCCGACAACGGUGGCAUUCGGGAAGCGUUCCGCGCGUAUCGGGCGUACGUCAAGCGGAACGGUCCGGAACCGAUGCUGCCCGGGUUCGACGACUUUAGCCACGAGCAGCUGUUUUUCAUCUCGUUUGGCAAUCAAAACUGCGAAGUGGUGUCUCCGGCGGGGGCUGCGGCGAUCCUGCAGGACGAGCACAGCCCGUCCAAGUUUCGCGUCAAGGGCGUCCUCAGCAACAUGGCCGAGUUCAGCGAGGUGUUCCAGUGUGCGCCGGGCCGGCCGAUGAAUCCGGAGAAAAAGUGUCGGGUGUGGUAGUUGUACCUUGAAGAGAAUAAAGUUUUAUUUUUUAUAAAUUAUA